AUUUGAAAAAAGGCUUUAUUCAAUAUAGACGUUCUCCUUCUUUCUCUCUCUUAUGAUAUUUGUUAUAUUCUAAAACAAACUAUGUUUAAUAUUCUUCUCUGUAUAUUGUUUUCCCUACCUUGGACUCUAUCAUCAGAAAAAUGCUCAAAGGAUAGUUGCUACGACGGUCAGGCCUGUCUUGUUAAUCCUUUAUCUGGAAAAGUAUUUUGCCAAUGUUCUCCCUUUCAAAAAGAAAAUUGUAUAGAACCUACAAUACAGGAACCGUUAUGUGAUAUCGGCUGGACGCAUCAUAAAGUCGAAAAUGCAACAGAAUCUAAUAAUUACAAAUUAAACGAAACGCUUGAAACAUGUGUAAAAAUCUUUAAUAUUUCAACUUCGUACCAAAAUGCUUCGUUACAAUGUCAAAGAGAGGGAGGAUGGCUAUUAGGAGUUAACGAUUCAGCUCUUUUCACUACUUUAGAUAUAUUUACCGAAGGUUAUAAAGAGUUAUGGGCUGGAAUAAUUAUAUUAACGUAUCAAAAUGAAAGUAGAAUAUAUACUCAUUCUUCUUUUCCAAAGAAAUUCAAAGACAACUAUAUAACACUUCCUUCAGACUACAACAAGACUACGGAUUGUCCUUAUUUUAGAUUUGAUAAUCAGCCAACGAUUCUCUUUGAUGAUUGCGAAAGCUCUUCAAAAAUUUUCGCUUGUGAAAAAAGAAAAUAUUACAAUAGCGACUUAACGACAGAGUUAAAUAUUUGUCCCACGGGAUGGUUUUAUUCAUUUGUCAAUAAUAAAUGUAUAAAGUAUAUGAGAGAUGAAGUUGAAUUUGAACAAGCUAAACAAGCAUGUACUAAUUUUAAAGCUCAUCUCGCCUGGCCUAUCUCUGCAAUAGGGAACUUUGCGCUUCUUAAUGCGACGAUAAUAGCUCUAAACUCUAUCGGAUGUGGAGUGAAUGCUCAAUGUCGAAACGAAGGAAAAUGCUCAUUCAACGAUUCCAUAGAUAAUCCAGGGUGUAUUUGCGCAAGUGGCUUCUCAGGACAACAAUGCCAAAACUAUACAGUAGGAACUGGUAUUCCACCAACCUAUGCUUCUUGCCCUAUCGGAACUUAUUCUUUAAAUACAUGCCCAUACAAGUGCCACUGCUUCAAUGAUCAACCUUGUGAUAAUACUAAUGGAUACUGCCCUAAUUUUAAAUGCAAGGAUAAUUUUUAUGGUUUAACUUGCGAUGCUUCUUUUAAAGUACCAAACGCAUGGAUUGGCGUUACGAGUACAAACAACGAAGGAUUCGUCUACACAAAUGGUAUUUCAUUAAAUAUGGAUACAAUAGGCUUUACUGCCGAUAAAAGUUCCACGCAAAUAAAACAGUGUCACACAAUCUCAGAAGAUUGGUAUUUAAGUCCGUUUAAAAUUUGGAAGAAAUAUAAUUGUACCGAGAGAAAGACAUACCUUUGCGAAAAAGAUUCCCAACUAGAUACUCUCUCUAUUCAAAUUCAAUUAAAAAGGACUGAUGUAAAAAGUUCUAAUAGCUUGGGAAUUGGUUGUAGAAUUACAAAAGCAAUAGAUAAAUUGGCUUAUAGGGAUAUUUAUUGGGAAGUAGAUGGAUCUUAUCAUAAAUUUGCCAUGCUGAAAUACAAUGAUCUCUACGUAAUCGAUACAUCUCAUGAAUAUUUUAUAAAUGAAAUAGGUACCAACAAGGGACGAUAUAGAUGCAUGGUUGAUUUACCAUACAUUAACUUAAAAUCUAACGCUUUAAGUGUCAACCAAAAAUCAACUUCAAUUAUUCUUGCUUUAAUCUAUAAUAGUGUUACGAAACCUACGUCAAAUGUAAUUACUAUUACUAAUAUUACCUUUGAAAAUGCGAUUCAAGAUAUAAGGGAUUUAUCUGGAGUUUCUUUAAAUUCUGAAAUUAUAAAUGAAUUUUAUCUUGUGGAUACAGGACUUUAUGCAGCUUAUAUGAAAUUCAUUUAUGACAAUAGUACUGGUGAUGUUAGUUUGCAAAGAGCCUUCUAUUUAACCCGCAAAAUUAUACAAAAAUCGAUGAAAAACUAUACUUUGUUGCUUGAAAACCUCAGUGUUAGUUUAAGCGAUACCAAAGUUUAUCCAAUGAAUAUGUGUCCACCAAUCUUUGAGAGUGCUGAUAAUAGAACUACUAUACACUUCCCUUCAGCCUCUUUCGGAGAUACCAUAUUUUCAGAGGAAAAUUGUCUUUCUGGAAAACCCAGAGCGUCUCGCUCGUGCACUGCGUCGCCAACAUUGAAGUGGAAAGGUGACUGGGAAAAGGACAUUCGUUGGAAUUGUGAACCAGAGAUAUCAAAAACAAAUAUCUGCCCAAUUCAAAAAAAAUCGUGUCGUCCAGGAAAUUUGUGUAUAGAGGAUUGGUCAGGAUAUACUUGCCAAUGUUCAGAAAUUGAUAAUAAAUGUGAUGUAAAUCAUAUUUAUCAAGCUUGUCCGCCACAAGGUCGUCCUCAUGAAUUCUGGGAACUUUCAGGUUAUCACAGCGGAUAUUAUUGUUUAAAUCUUGAACAAGAAUCUAAUUUUUCCGUCGCUGAAGAAAUAUGCCAAAAAUCUUUUUCAUGGAUUAUAUCAGUGGCUGGUGAUCAUAAUGACCAAGCGAAACUACUAAGCGACAAAUUGUUUGAUCUUGGUGUUGGUAAGAACAUGUGGAUUAGUAUGAAAAGAAGGAAUGGCAAACUUCGUACAAGAUUUUCUACUGUAUUAGACGUACCAGAUAUAUUUAAAAAUAUCACUAUACCAAAUUUUGAUAAUCAACUGACUUGCCUAUUUGUUGAUGGAAAUGUGGCUCUUAAUGACCCAGACGGACGCUAUCAAAUAUAUUCAAAUAAUUGUUCAGAGAAACUGACAACCGUAUGCGAAAGAAGAGCGACGUUUAAUUAUGAACUACUAUCAGAUAGUCCUCUUUGUUCAAAAGGAUGGUUCUUUUCAUUUUAUUAUCACAAGUGUAGAAAAUUUUUCUCUGAACCAAAAAGCUUUAAAACUGCAAAUGAUACAUGCUACAAACACGGUGCAAUACUCAACACAUUUUCAACUUCUGAUGCCACAGGAAGAAGGGAAGCAUCUAAUCUUACUCUACUGGAAAUGAACAUGAAAGGAUGUGGUUUAAAUAACCAAUGUUUAAAUAGGGGAAAGUGCUUAUUUAAGAACGAAAAGUUUGUUGGAUGCGAUUGCUUACUCAAUACAACAGGAUCGUAUUGUGAAAAAUCUACUGAAAAACUGUGGGAGCUAAAUAGCUGUCCAACAGGGAGAUAUUCCACGCCGUAUUGUGAUAAGAUUUGUAAUUGCAAAAAUAAUGCUUCAUGCGAUGUUGAAACUGGGAAGUGUCCAAGUUUCUUAUGCGAUGACGGAUUUUAUGGACCAACUUGCAGCUCUUACUUCAAAUUGCCAAAUCUUUGGUGGAAAGGAAAUUCAAUGGAUUGCUGCAUUAUUGGACAUGAUGGCGAAAAAUGUGGUAGUUGCGAUUUAUUGUAUCCUUUUGUUUGCGAAAAAGAUCCAGAGAGUGAAGAUAAAUUUGACCUUCCAGUUGUUGAACAAGUUAAAGAUCCAACUGUCUUCGAUCCUGGACUUGUUUGUAAAAUUCCUGACUAUUAUUCUCAAGUUCUCAGUAAAACUAUAUAUUGGAUUAGAAAUGAUCAGCAUCUCUAUUAUCGAGGAGAAGGGAAUUUGAGACUUAUGAAUGAAAAAAAAUAUUCAACGCUGAAUAUAUCAGAUGAUAAUACUAGAAAAAUAGUUGGAAGAAUAGAAGGAAACUAUACGUGUAUCAUUAAAUUUCCAACAUUUGAAAUAGCCUCAAAUCCUCUACAAUUGACUUUUACAAACAAAAAGUAUGUUAUUCGAUUAUCCAUACCAGAUUAUAAUUUAAAGAAUCAGGCUAAACGUAUCACUGAAGUACAGUAUCUUUUUUGGAAUAUCAUUGCAAAUGAGACAAUUUUCUCAAAUUCGAAAUUAUUAUUGGAAAUUGAAGAACCAAUACAAGAGGCUAAUAAUGUAACUGUAACUUUUUAUGUGCAUCUAGACGCUCAAUCUCGAAUUAGAAGAAGUACUUCUUCCAACCAACUUCCGCAAUAUAUUAUGGGCUUAUCAGAGAAAUUCAAAAAUGCUAUUAUGGCUCAAGGAGAUAUCAAGACAUUCUCUUUGGCUACGGAUACUCUUAAAGCAGUUGUGGUAGAAUUCUGUGAAGAAUCUUUCCUUUACCACCCGAUAAGUUGGGAAAUUGUAUCAUUUCCUAAAACAGAAACUGGAAACACUGCCGAUAGUGUUCAGAAGUGUUCAAAAGGAGGCUCAAUAGGGACACGAGUUUGUUCUGGUACUACAUGGCAAGAUCCUAUAUGGCAAGACGAUACACUUUGUUUUGAUUACUGCUCGGAAUUAAAUUCUACAUACCCAUCAAAUCCUUCAAUUUCUGUUACAUUUCCAAGAACACUUGAGAAGAAUUCUACAAACAGCGUAGAAAAAUGCGAAAAGGGUUUAUUCUUUGGCGCUGCGGAUUGUCUAAACGGAGCGUUUCAAUCUUUUCAGUGGACGUCGGAAAAGGAUUGCUUUUUUUAUUGUCCAACCAGCGUAAUUAAAAAUCCUAUUACUGGAAUAGACGUUACUUUUCCCGAAACGAAAAGCAAUACAAAUGUUUCUAGCAAUGAAAAGUGUAAAACGAACAUUCCACAAGGAACAAGUUAUUGUUCAAAGGGCACCUUUAGCACACCGACAUGGCUAAAGGAGGCGGAUUGUUUUAUAUAUUGUAACGAAGAAAGUGUUAAAAAUCCUAAAACUUCCUUGAAUACUACUUUUCCAAAAAUUAGAAGCGGUGCAACUGUCAAUAGUUUGGAGAAUUGUACUGACGGUGUGCCUGAAGCGUCUCGUUAUUGCUCGGAUGAUGGUUGGGAAGAGGUUAUUUGGACAGAAGCAGAAGAUUGUACGGUACUAACUACUAUGUUAAAGAAUCUCUCGAAAACAGCGAUUACCGAAGAUAAUAUCGAUACUGUUACACAGCAGACGGUAGAUCUUACCUUAACCUCAAAUCUGACAUCAAAUCAUAUUACAUUGGUUAGUACAAUUGUUGAAAAUGUCAAAGAAAGUGAUAUUGAAACAACAAAAGAAAUUUUUGAGAAUAUAGUAACUAUUGUUAGUAAUGUAUUAGCUUCACCUUUAAAAUCGAUUGUUCAAUCUCAAAGCAAAUCAAAUUCAAGUACAAAUUUUGUUGAAGCUAUAGAUUACUUCUCCGAAAAAGCUAUACUACCUGAAAAUCAAACUUUCUUAAAUGUAGAAACAUCACAAAUUGCCCUGACUAUUUUGAACGGGAAGAAUAUAGAUUUUAAUACGUUUUCUUUCGAAAAUAUUAAUAGAUAUGAUAAAAACAUCAAAAAUAUAACCUUGAAUACUUCUCUUACUACAGUUCCUACAGACUUGGAACUAAUUAAUUAUGGUAUAUACUUUGCAGACGUUUUCAAAAUUUAUCCUAAUAAGAGAGUUAUAGCUGCAAUUUAUGCCAAUGCAAAAUUCUUUGAAAGAAGCGAAGAAACUAUUACGGAAAGUAAAGUAAUAAGCGCAUCUAUUGGCAAUCAAACAGUUGUAAAUCUUAAAAAUAACAUUACUUUAAUAUUUCAACCAAAUAAUGAAACAAUUAAGAAUGGAUACGAUUGCGUUUUUUGGAACUUUAAAAAAGAUAAUUGGUCCUCAGAUGGUUGUCAAUUUGAAAAAGAGCAAAAUGGACGUGUAUUUUGUACUUGUAAUCAUUUUACAAAUUUUGCUCUAUUAUUUGAUCCUGAUAGAGAGGACGAUACUCCAGAAUUUAUUUCCUUUAUAUCAAUGAUUGGUCUUGGAAUAUCAAUUGCUGGAUACCUUGGAGUAAUUAUAUCAUUUGGUUUUGUCAAAGAAUGGAAACCGAGGGUGUCAUUAAUCUCUUCCUGUAACAUAUCAAUUGCCUUUAUAGCCGUUAAUAUAAUGUUUAUGGUUGGCAUUAAAAGAACAGAUAAUCAAAUAUUAUGUACAGCAACCUCAGCCAUAUUGUUUUAUGCAUUUUUGGUUGCAUUCUUAUCAAUGUUCUUUAAUUCUUUUUUGCAAUAUUGUGUUAUUCGAAAUUUACUUCAUCCAUUUAAUAGAAACUUUAUUGGGACAUCGGAGAAAAAGACACCAGCUGUUCGUAAGGCAUGGAAGGAUGCUAUGUUAGUCCUCACAGAUAAUCUGCGCACAAAUUCUCAAGUGAACUUGACAGGACAAACAACUGAUGGUGUUAAGAAUUCUGAAGAGAAUAAUAUGCCAGAUUUUGCAAAAAGAUAUAAAGGUCAAAAAAGGAAUAACUUCAAUGUCCCAAAUGGGGGUUAUGGAUACCAUAGUCCAUAUUAA